CUUCGGCUCUUCUGAAGCACAUUCUUCUUAAUAUAUCUACGAUAUUAAAUUCAAAGAUCCUUUCUAUUAAAUGGGGAUUACGUUCUAUUUCGACACUAACAACUUCUCUUUCUAUAUUUGAAAUAUUUGACAUAUUUGAAAGAUUUAGAAAAAAGUCAACAAAUCAAAAAGGCUUAAAAAGACUUAGAAAGAAAAAAGUCAACGAAUCGAAAAGGCGCUAA